AUGAUUAAAAAUUUUGGAAAAGAAUUAAAGGAAGAUUUUGUAAUUGAAUCUGGAUAUACCUGUGUAAAUCAUAGUAGCUUUGGAUAUAUUCCAAAAUGUGUCUUAAAAUAAAGAAUUGAGAAUUAAUUAAGGUUUCUUUAAAAUCCUGAUAGCUUUAUCAGAUAUUAAAUUCCAAAAGAAUCUCCAAUAGUAAGAAAAACGGCAGCAGAAUUUUUGAAUGCAAACUUUAAUCAAUGUUUCUUUUCUAGUAAUUCUGCAGAGUCCAUGAAUAGUAUUAUUUAAAGUAAUUAAUGUUGAAAAUCAUUUAGAUUUGAGAUUGUCAGAUAAGGAUACAAUAUUGUAUUUGAAUAUUGCUUAUCCAAUGGUAUAGAAUGUAGUAAAAUAUAUGAAUACUAAUCAUAAAGUGAAUGCAUGCAGAAUAGAACUUAAAGUUGAGGAUUUAAAGAAUGAAAUAAUUUUAUAAUAGAUAGAAGGUAUUAAUGAAAAUAAAUGAAUAGAAAAUAUGAAAACAAAGAAGAUUACAGUAGCCAUUUUGGAUAACAUCUCAUCAUUACCUUCAAUUAAAUUACCAACAAAAGAAUUUGUUGAAUUAUGCAAAAAAUAUGAUGUAAUAAGUAUAAUCGAUGGAGCUCAUGGUGCUGGAAUCAGUGAAAUUAAUCUAAAAGAAUUAGAUCCUGAUUUCUUUUUCACAAAUUUAAACAAAUGGGCAUUUUGUCCCUGCAGUGUUAAUUUAUUAUAUAUGAAAGAGAAAUAUUUGAAUUAAAUACAUAAUAAUACUAUAUCAGUAUUUUAUGGAGCUGGUAUUGAAAAAGAAUUUGAGUAUUAUGGCACCAGAGAUUCAAGUGUUAUAUUAUCAGUAAUAGAUGGAAUUAACUAUAUCAACUAAUUUGGUCUUAAAUAAAUUAUAUAAUAUUGUGAAGAAUUAGCUUGGGAAGGCAGUGAAUUAGUUGCAAAAAUUUGGGAAACUGAAUUACUUGUUAAAGACAAAACUAUGCAUUCUGCUAUGGUAAAUGUAUUAAUACCACAUAAAGAUCACUCUUAUAUAUUGGAAUGUUAGAAAACAGUAACAAUAAUUUAUUAUUAUAAUAGUGUUUUGAAAAAUAUAAUGUAUUUGUUGUAGUCUUUGAAUUUGAUGGAAGAUCUUGGGCUAGAUUCAGUGCAAGUAUAUAUAACUGUUUGGAAGAUUAUGAAUAUGCAGCAAAGUAAUUCAUAAAUGUUUUAAAAAAAGAAGGAUGA